CAAGACUUCUGUUGGAGAUAGAGAGAGAGAGAGAGAGAGAGAUGGGGAGGGCUCCUUGCUGUGACAAGGCAAAUGUGAAGAAAGGGCCAUGGUCUCCUGAAGAAGACUCCAAGCUUAAGGAGUACAUAGAGAAAUACGGAACUGGUGGGAAUUGGAUAGCUUUCCCACAGAAAGCUGGUCUGAAAAGAUGUGGGAAGAGCUGCAGAUUGAGAUGGCUAAACUAUCUCAGGCCCAACAUUAAACAUGGUGAAUUCACUGAUGAGGAAGAUAGGAUUAUCUGCACCCUGUUUGCUAGCAUUGGAAGCAGAUGGUCAGUAAUAGCUGCUCAGUUACCAGGCAGGACAGACAAUGAUAUCAAGAACUACUGGAACACCAAGCUUAGGAAGAAGCUCAUGGCCAUGACUUCUCAAUCCCAGAGAAAACCACCACCAUUCCCAUCUUCUCAUCACACCCCACCUGUUUCUUCUCAAUCUUUUUCAUCACUGUAUAAGGGCUGCACUUCUUUUUACACUCCAACCAGAUCUUUCACAGCCUUUGAACCCAUCUCAUCUGUUCAAUCUGAUCUUUUGAACAAUAACAACACUAAUUUGGCUGCCAAUUCUUCUCUUAUUCACACCCCAGAGAGUUUGGUGAGUCACACGCAGUAUUAUCCAGUGAAAGAAAAUUUUCUCAUCUUUGGGAGUGAACCAAGCUGCAGCUCGUCUGAUGGUAGCUGUAGCCAGAUCAGCUAUGGCAGAGAGAUCAAGCAAGAAGACAUGGGGUUUCAAGGUUUUGGUGUCUCUAAUGGGUAUGAAGAAAAUCACAAGUUCAUGUUAAGUUAUGGCACCAAUAAUGGAGGUGAAAAUGUUAACCAAUGGACUGAGAAGCUAAGUGGGUCCUAUGGAGAAUGCCCAUUAGACUAUGAUCUUGAAGAUGUUAGGCGACUGAUUAGCUCUAGCAGUAAUAGUUGCUUCAUUGAUGAAAACAAGACACAAGAGAAAGUCAUGCACUACUACUACUACUGAUGGACUAACUGCACCUAAAAUCAGAAAGAUUUGAUGGGGUAAGGGGCAAAGGUAAGGGGAGUGGGGGUUUUGGAUGGAUAGAUAAAGACUCAGUUUUUGGUGUCUUGUGUUCUGAUGAAAUGAAACAUUUCUUCU